UGUAGUAAACACACUAAGCUGCAGGCUGCGGAGGCACUGGCCCUUUAAGACGAAUAAAGAGACAACAGCUCUGCACGAGCUGAGCGCAUCGAUGCCGCGUUCACAUCUACCCAUAUACACACCGGGUCUGCCUGCUGGAACAACUCAACACCGCUGUGGUUGAUAAACGUUAAUUCAUAUGUGUUAUAUUUAAACAGCUUUAAAUGGCGGGAGGAGAACUGUGACGUUGUGCCAAGCAGGUCUGCUCUCUGGUGCGUAAUUGAUUCGGGAGGAGAAGACUGCUGCCUUUUGAACUUCCUACCUUUGUUGCUUCAGCACGUCCUGCACACCAGCCAGGCAGUGCACCCACCCCCCAUCCUACCGCAGGGAACCUUAAAGAGAAACACUAAUGGAAGACAAGCGCAAGAAGCGGAGCCCAAAGGUGUCUCUUCCCCAGCCCCCUCCUCCCCCCAUCAACCCUCGCAAACUUCCCGUCCUUCCUGCCAGCAAAAGUGCCACCUUCUCCCUCGGCCUGCCGCAGCCCCCCUCCCCCAAGAACAGAGGCAAGUACAAGAGAUCCAUAGGAGCACCAGGACAGCCCAAAGAGGUGUUCACAGUCGUCGUAGCCCCACCAAAGAUCACCAGGCCCCACAAGGAGAAGCCCAGGGCCCCCCAGCCUGCAGGGCCCAGUAAAGUAGUCCAGUCCUCCCCCCUGCAGCACUCCUUUCUCACAGAUGUCUCGGAUGUGAGAGAAAUGGAGGGAGGCCUCCUCAAUCUUCUCAACGACUUCCACUCAGGCAAACUACAGGCCUUUGGCAAGGUGUGCUCUUUUGAGCAGCUGGAGCAUGUGCGUGAGAUGCAGGAGAAGCUGGCCCGCCUGCACUUCAGCCUAGACAGCCACGUGGAGGAGCUUUCAGAGGACAAGAGGAAGUGUGCCUCCGACCACAACCUGGAGCACCUGCUCUGUAACCUGGAGGAGCUCAGCACCUCAAUACAAAAGCUCCACCUGGCUGAGAACCAGGACCUGCCCAAGACAUCUGGUCCCUGACGAAGUGAGGAGCGGAAGAUGGCAACCACACACUCACCUUCUCCUAACAUCUAGCCAGCCCAGGUUGCCAUGGCAUUGAUCCACCUGCCUUAGUAACAGAACGGAAAGAUCCACAAGAGGAGGAGGAAGCGAUAUUAUUUUUUUUCAUUGGUCGGUGAAGCAGAGGGAACAAUAUAAGGACUCAAAGCAGCAGAGCAUUACUGAAACACUCAACCAAAACCAUUAACCCUCAUUCAUGGCACAAUAAAUGGCCGGAUUUUUCCUGAAGUUGUGUUAGAUAAAAAAUGUUUUCAGCGUGUUCUUGGCAUCAACUAACUUGGCUCCAGGUACAUCAUUUGGGAACAAUAAAAGAGAGGUUGUGUUCCAUCAUAAAAAGCACACUUUGAGAUUGUUUAGGAAGUUGUGCUGAUGUCAUAGUAUGCCUUGUUUUUUGCAUAACUUUGUAGUAAAGAAUGCAUCUGUUAGCGAAGCCAUACUUGAGUAGCAAACAUAUUUAGUACCAUGUCGACAACACCACUGUGGUUAGCUUAGAACUCAAAAAGGGAGUUUGCAAAUACUCUGAAUAUACUCCUUCAUUUGUACGGCUUUGCUUUA